AUGAAAAUUUCAAAAAUAAUUUAUUUUUUAAAUUUUAUAAUAUUUGUUAAUUUAUUAACACCAUGCUUAUCAAGUUAUUAUGAUCGUCACACUAAUAAUGAAUAUUCCUCAUUAAGAAGAUCUAUACAUUCGGUACCUGGUGGAAAUUGUUAUUCUACAGAUUCAUUUGGAAGAAAUACAGAUGAAGCAUCAAGUAUAUGUAGCGGUAGUUCUGAAGAAACUGAAAGUUUAAGUGGAAGCAGCACAAUUACUGAAGGAGAAGAAGAUAUUCCAAAUUGUGAAAAAUACUUCUCUCAUACUCGAUGCAAUAUUCCUCCUAAUUUACAAAUAUUUGUACAAUUUAUUACUAAAAAACUACAGAAAAAGUAUAAUGAUACUUUACCACAUUUUAAACAUCAUGUAAGGAACCCCGAUCAUUUAAGAGGAGUGAUUGUUUCUUCAGCAUCAAAGUAUGGUAUUCCAUUGUCAGAACAAAUGGUACAUACUUUAGUUAAGAAAGUAUAUAUUGAUAUAGUAACGGUAUAA